AUGAACCGUCUCCUAAUCAGGGAAGUAUCUCCGGAAGACAUAAAAGAAGCUGUUUUCUCUAUUAAACCAAAUAGUGCUCCGGGAGCUGAUGGUAUGUCCAGUCUUUUCUUUCAGUCUUAUUGGGAUAUAGUUGGUGAUCAGCUAACCAAAGAAAUUCUUAGUUUCUUUGAGACUGGUAUAAUGCCUUCGGAAUGGAAUUAUACCCAGCUUUGUCUCAUCCCCAAAAAGAAAAAUGCGACUUUGAUGACUGAUCUACGCCCCAUCAGCUUAUGUUCAGUGAUGUAUAAAGUCAUUUCCAAGAUUCUCGCCUCAAGACUUAAAUCUAUUUUACCAGAAAUAGUCUCUCAUUCUCAGUCUGCUUUUGUCUCGGAUAGACUAAUCUCGGACAAUAUUAUUUUGGCUCAUGAGUCAAUUCAUAGCCUCAGAACCCAUGAUUUUGUCUCAAGCAAUUUUAUGGCAGCAAAAACUGAUUUGUCAAAAGCUUUUGACAGAGUAGAAUGGAAUUAUCUGAAGGCCAUUCUCUUAUCUCUCGGCUUUCAUCCUAGGUGGGUUGCUUGGAUUAUGGAAUGUGUUUCUACAGUCAAAUAUUCGGUUCUUCUCAAUGGCCAAGCUUAUGGUUUCAUUUCUCCCAACCGUGGUCUUAGACAUGGCGAUCCCAUAUCUCCUUUCCUUUUUGUUCUCUGUGCGGAAGGACUCUCCCAUAUGCUCAACCAAGCUUCUGAUAAUGGUCAGUUAAGUGGUAUUCAAUUCUCUAAUGAUGGCCCUGCAAUUCAUCACUUAUUUUUCGCAGAUGAUAGUCUGUUUCUCUUCAAAGCUAACAUUGAUCAAUGUAAAGUUUUUCAAGAGAUCUUCAAAAAGUAUGAAGAAGCAUCUGGUCAGGUCAUUAAUUUAGCCAAAUCUUCUCUCACCUUUGGCAAAAACAUUGAUCCUCACUUAAAAGGCCAGAUUCAGACACAGCUUGGAAUUUUCUCAGAAAGUGGAGCUGGUUCCUAUCUUGGUCUUCCGGAGUGUUUUAGCGGUUCUAAGGUAGAACUACUUAACUAUAUUUAUGACAAGAUGAAAGGAAGAAUGUCGAGUUGGUAUUCAAAGUUUCUUUCCCAAGCAGGAAAAGAAAUUAUUAUAAAAUCUAUUGCACUUGCAAUGCCUAUUCAUGCGAUGACAUGCUUCCGGUUACCUAAAACCACUUGUAAAAAUCUCACCUCAGCUAUGGCCAGUUUCUGGUGGAGAUCUUCGGAAGAUAAAGCUAAGAUACACUGGUUAAGCUGGGACAAGUUAUGCAUUCCAAAAGAUCGUGGUGGAAUGGGUUUCAAAGAUAUUGAAACCUUCAACCAAGCUCUUCUUGCCAAACAAGCUUGGAGGAUUUUGUCUUCUCCCUCUUCUCUUCUCAGCAGAUUUUUAAAGAGUAGAUAUUUUCCUAAUGGCUCUUUCCUUCCUGCCCCUCUUGGAUCUAGACCCUCGUUUGCUUGGAGGAGUAUACUUUUUGGCAGAGAACUUCUUUCUAAAGGUCUGAGGCUUAUGGUUGGGAACGGUUCCUCAAUUUCAGUCUGGUCUUCUCCUUGGCUGGUUGAUGGUGAGCGUAUGCGAAUUCCUUUGAUGAAGAACAUUUUAGUUGAUCUUAAUCUUAGAGUUAAUCAUCUCCUGCUGCCUAACUCUCAUCUUUGGAAUCAAAACUUAUUGGAUGAUCUUUUCUUUCCUCAAGACAAGGAAAUCAUCCAAAAAAUCAAACCAGUUUUAACUUCUCCAGAUUACUUCAUUUGGAAUCAUACUCGCUCUGGAGAAUAUUCGGUUAAAUCUGGCUACUGGUUUGCAGAAAGAGAAGCCAAGAAAGACGCAUUUAUCUCAGGUGGUUUACUUCCUUCCUUAAAUGGUAUCAAAGAUCUCAUUUGGUCUACAGACUCUGCUCCAAAAAUAAGAAUUUUUCUAUGGAAAGUCAUAAGUGGAGCCAUCCCUGUUGCUGAUAAUCUGAUUGAAAGAGGUAUGAAGAUUGACUCACGUUGUCAGAUUUGUGGCCUAGAGGGAGAAUCUCUAAAUCAUGCUCUCUUUGUCUGUACGGUUGCGAAACAAAUUUGGGCAGAAAGUAACUUUCCUCACCCUGAACCUGGCUUUGACCCUUCCUCUGUCUACUCCAACAUUUUUUAUGUUCUAAAGACAAGAAGGAAUAACUUAAUCCCAGAGAAGAUCAGAAGAAGUGGACCUUGGAUUAUUUGGUCGAUUUGGAAAAACAGAAACUCCUUCUUGUUUGAAGGAAAUCUUUCCUUGGGUCCAUCCUUUAUCAAAGAAAUUUUCGAAGAAGUUGAUCAUUGGUUUAUGGUUAAAAACAUGGAAUUUCAAGAAAAAUCCAUUGAUCUCGCAAGGAAAAAGAAGAUCCUCUUUGGUUGGAAACCUCCUCCUAUAGGUUGGUUAAAGUGUGACAUUGCCUCUUCCUGGGACAAGAUCAAUAAUCAAAGUGGAGCGGCAUGGAUCCUCCGUAAUAGAGAAGGUAAAGUUCUUCUUCAUGGAAGGAACUCUUUUGUAGGCAUACAUAGUAAGACUGAUGCCUCUUUUGAAAGCUGGAAAUGGGCCAUGGAUUGCUUGAAAACGCUUCACUUUAACGCCAUUGUGUUUGCUAGUGAAGACAAUGCUUUGAUUGCUGCUAUCUCUAAACCUUCAGCUUCGCCUUCCUUAAAGUUUUAUUCUUCAAAGACUAUAGCCUUGCUCCAUCAAUUUGUGGAUUGGAAUGUUCAAUUUCACACUCCUAAAGACAUGAGCUAA